AUGGCUCAAACUGACUUCUUGUACCAGUACUGUGGAAAUGAUGUAGGUAACUACACUAACAACAGCAACUUCCAAAGAAACCUCAACAGUCUCUUGUCUUCCUUGGAUUCCAAUACCCAAAUUGACUACGGAUUUUACAAUCUAUCUGUUGGCCAAACUGGCCCUGACCAAGCAAAUGCAAUUGCACUUUGCAGAGGAGAUAUUGGAGUAGACGAAUGUCGAAGUUGUAUUGGAAAUUCUACGGGUAAGAUCUUACAGGUUUGUCCUAAUCAGAAAGUGGCAUUUGGAGUAUCUGACAUCUGUACUCUACGAUACUCCAACAAAUCCAUAUUUGGUGUCAUGGAAGGCAGUCCAGUAUCCAUGCUUUGGAACACGAGAAAUGCAACAGACGUGAAUCAGUUCAAUCAGGCUCUUCAAACAUUAAUGAGUAGACUUCGAAGUACAGCUGCAUCAGGGAACUCUCUCCGGAAGUUUGCGACGGGAGAUGAAGCUGCCGGAUUUGACAAAAUAUUUGGACUUGUUCAGUGCUCACCUGAUUUAUCUGAGAACCAGUGUGAUGGCUGCCUAGCUGGGGCCAUUCGGGAGAUUGCUACAUGUUGUGAUGGACAGAUUGUAGGAAAACAAGGAGCGAGAAUUACAAAACCAAGCUGCAAUAUCAGGUAUGAAAACAGCCGUUUCUUUGGAGUUACACCUGCCAUACCCCAGCUUCCGACUCCGUCAUCACCGCAAACACCAGCAGCAGAAGGCAAGAAGAGCAACAAAGCACGAACUAUUAUUCUCAUAAUUGUUCCAACUGUCAGCGUUGCGAUACUUAUUCUUUGCAUCUGCAUCUUUUUAAGAAUCCGGAAGCCGAAGGAAAAAGUUGAAAAUAUGUCCUCUUCAGUGGGAUACGAUUCGAGGGUGGCUGAGUCCUCAGAGGCCAAAGCAGAACUGCUUCCAUUGGCUGCUAAUGACGAGGCGUCAAUUACUGAGCUAUAUCCUCGAUAA